AUGACUGCUCCAGCAAUUCGGAUUCCCUUUACGGGCCCUCUACCUCCGCCGAUUAUUGUCCCUCCGUCCGCACGCACGGUCGCAGGUGCCAUUGAUGCGCUCUUGACCUUUUUGACGGCCCCUCCGUCGCCGCAUCUGCGCGGCGUUGAUGUAGGCAGGCAUUCCCAGACAGUGCUCUUGACAGGCGCUGGCAUCUCGGUAGCUUCAGGCUUAUCCGAUUAUCGGGGUGAGAAUGGCACGUACAUCACAAACAAGACGUAUCGACCGAUCUACUACCACGAGUUCGUUGCUCGCCAUGAGUUUCGCAAGCGAUACUGGGCGCGAAGCUUCAUUGGGUGGCCUGGACUCCUCAAGGCGAAGCCAAAUUCGACGCACUGGGCUAUAAAAGACAUUGGUACGAAAGGCUACAUUAGUUCAGUGGUGACGCAAAAUGUCGACUCCUUCCAUUCUGUCGCACAUCCCGAGCUACCCACUCUCGAACUCCACGGCUACUUACGUUCUGCGGUCUGCAUCAAUUGUCGAACUGAAGUUCCACGGGACGAGUUUCAGCAAUCGCUCGAGAGGCUGAAUCCGGCUUGGGCAGAGUUUCUCAAGAAAAUGGUCGAUAUUGGUGCACUGAACGCGGACAACCCUGAGGAGCAGAGACGGAGGGGCUUGAAAAUCAACCCGGAUGGUGAUGUAGAUCUACCAGAAGCCCCUUACUCGACCUUUCGGUAUCCAGCAUGUCCAACCUGUUUAGAAAAGCCACCCCGACUGCAGGACGGGUCCCAAUCCCGGGUGGAGGUAGAGCGCGAUGGGGCUUGGCUUCCAAGUUCUACAGCGGGGAUUUUGAAGCCGGCGGUCAUUAUGUUUGGAGAGAAUAUCGACCCAGCCGUCAAGGUGGGUGCAGAAGAGGCCAUCGACGAUGCGGGCAGACUCCUUGUCCUGGGGAGUAGUCUUGCCACAUACUCGGCGUGGCGCCUAGUGGAAAGGGCCUAUAAGCGAGGGAUGCCGAUUGGCAUCAUCAACAUAGGAGGCGUCCGGAAUGAGUCGAUCCUCUUUAGCAAGGCGGAACAAGAAACGGAGGCUGUAUGCCGGCAUGUCCGUUGCAGUCUCCCAUCCCAGGACAUUCUAGGCCCUGUGGCAGCACAACUGCCUUCACUUACUCGUCAUUAG